AUGGAGGGGAAAGACGACGAAGUGCUGCCGGAUGCUCCCCCGUCAGACAAUAUCCCAAAGACCGAAGAUCAAAAUGGAGUCACCAAGGAUAACAAGGAGGAGAACGACGCCGAAGUCGAUAGCCCGAAGGAAGAGGAAGAUACAUUGGUGAAGAAGAGUUUGAAACUAGAGAACAUGUUUGACGAUGAUGAUGACGAUGACGAUGACGAGGAGUUCCCAGACUCAGAUGCCGUUCAAAUACCAGACAAGCCCGCACCUUCACUAGCUCAAACCGACCCGGAGUUUAUGUCCGCCUUUUAUCAACGCCUGUUCCCAUUCAAAUACCUCUUUCAAUGGCUUAAUCACGGGGUGAAACCUUCGACGGACUUUGGCAAUCGAGAGUUUGCCUUUACACUUCCAAAUGAUGCUUAUCUACGGUACCAAUCAUUUCAGACUGCAGAUGCGUACGUUUACACCUUUUUGCCGCAAAGUGGUUUUAAGCUGACUUCCCUUCAUAGUCUUCACAAAGACGUUAUGCGAUUAAAUCCUUCCCGUUUUGAAAUCGGUCCUGUUUAUAGCACAAACCCACGAGACCGUAAAACCCUACGGAAACCGGGCGCCUUCAAGCCUAUUUCGAAAGAGCUUGUCUUUGAUAUUGAUUUGACUGAUUACGAUGAUAUAAGAACAUGUUGUAGUAAAGCCAACAUAUGUCUCAAAUGCUGGGCGUUUGUUACAAUGUCCAUCAAAGUGAUCGACGCAGCCCUACGAGAAGAUUUUGGAUUCCAACACAUUCUAUGGGUGUACUCUGGUCGAAGAGGAGCCCACGCAUGGGUCUGUGAUAAAAGGGCACGAAAUCUUCCAGAUGACAGACGAAGAGCCAUCGCCGGAUACCUGGAAGUUGUCCGCGGAGGCAGUCAGAGCGGAAAACGUGUCAACCUGAGACGGCCGCUACAUCCGCAUAUUACUCGAAGCCUCGACACCCUACGAGAAUAUUUCGCCUCUACCGUCCUCGUAGACCAGGACCCAUUCAGCAGGCCGGACCAAGCCGCUCGACUGAUCGAAUUGCUUCCUGACAAAACGCUAAGGGCAGCAUUACAAAAGAAAUGGGAUUCCGCUCCCGGGCGGUCGAGCAGCAACAAAUGGGCUGAUAUUGACACUGUUGCAAAAGCAAAUUCCCGCGGUCUCGAUACAAAAGCGUUACUAGAAGCAAAGCAAGACAUUGUUUUGGAAUAUACAUACCCUCGACUUGACGCUGAAGUCAGUAAGAAACUGAUCCAUUUGCUUAAGAGUCCGUUUGUUGUCCACCCAGGAACCGGAAGGGUAUGUGUGCCAAUUGAUAUCAGAAAAGUGGACGAUUUCAAUCCUCUAGAUACACCCACUCUAUUCCAACUGCUGGAUGAAAUCAAUUCUUGGAACCCAUCACAGGCCAGCCAGCGGGAUCAAAUGCCUGGAUCUGAUAGUGGCAGUGGUCAGGAUGAAACUGACACUGCUGCCAAGCCGAGGAAAAUUCAGGAUUAUGAGAAAACCAGCCUGAAGCCAUAUAUUGAUUAUUUCCGCUCGUUUGUUGCAAAGCUAAACAGUGACGAACGGCCGGCUAAGAGAGAACGAACAGACGAUGACCCAAAUGCCAUGGAGUUUUAA